AUGUCGGAUAGACCCUGUGCCACCGAGAGGGAAAAUGAGUUGCGUUCUAAGCUGCCUAAUCCAACUAUUCACGUCACCACGCAUGACGCAUCAACUGGGAAAGCAGUGAUCCGAUCGUCUAGUCAACACGAAUGGACGUUUCAAGGUCACGCCUUCGGCAAGAGUGUCGUGUACACAACCACUGGAUUGCCCGUCAAGAUGACCGGCGAUGCUGACAUCGCCGCACACCAAAAAGUCAGUCAAACGGUUGAACACGGUCUGACCUACCCAGAUGGCACUAUUUGCCAGAUCGUGGACUUCGGUCCAGCAGCUCACGCCUUCAUGCAUCGCACACACACCUUGGAUUUCGGUGUUGUACUUGAAGGAACUAUCGAAAUGCAUCUUGAUGAUGGCUUUAUCACUAUUUUGAACAAGGGGGAUAUUGCCGUCCAACGAGGCACCAUACACGAAUGGAAGCCACAUCACAAGGAUGAAUGGGUGCGAAUGUUAUUUGUGAUGCAAGCUGCCGAGCCGAUUACUGUGGCUGGUCAGCGAUUGGAGGAGUGCUAUGGUUAA